AAUAAUGGGGGAAAGGAAUGAUACAAACAUGAAAUGAUGCAAUAAAAAAAUGCAUUAUGGAAUGGAAAAUGGAGGCCCUGUUACAAGGAAGCAGGAUCCUCUGGUAAUGGUUGAAUUGAAGGCAUAGAUCCAAAACAUUGCUGGCAGCUUUUGGGAAAGGAAUGUUAAAAGGGAUAUAGUCAACUGAAAUCAUACCUUGUCUGAAUUCUUUUUACCCAAUAGCGUUGGAAGUACCCCUUAAGAUUAGGGGGAAGUGAGUCAGUUUUUCACCGUUUGUUUACAUGUUCAUUUGACAGCACUUCUUGUUUUGCUGUUUUUUCCAUAGAGAGGUUUUCUUGUUUGUUAGACUGUUUCACACAAUGAAACAAAUUCAAAAAAUUAACUAUAAAGCAAAAAAAUUGGCAUGGGCAUAUAGACUCAGGGUAUGAGACCUGAAGCGACUUUAAAUUCAUGUUCUGAAACUUCAAAACAGCUAUGUUAAUUUCACAGCUUUUCCUCUUCUAACUUGCACAAUGAGCUGCAAACGUGUUGGGUCCUGCGAAAUUGUUUCCCUUUUAGGGCUGACUUGGGUAUUCAGGAUGCAGCUUUCAUCUUUAAGGGCUGAAAGGCAUUGUACUGACCUCUUCCAACGUGCGUAUUACACACGUGGGUCAUGCUGAGUGUAUAUCUUUCUCUUUCUAUAGGUGCUUUCUUUGGUCAAACCUGAAGAGAUUCAUGAUGGGUAUCAGUCACUUAUUUCUGAAAUUAACAGACCAGGCACUAAGUAUGCGCUUAGGAUUGCCAACCGGCUCUAUGGGGAUAAGACUUGUCAAAUUCUUACAACAUUUAUAGACUCCUGCCAGGAAUUCUACUAUGCAGGGCUGGAGCAAGUUGACUUCUGUGGAGCUGCAGAAGAUUCAAGAAAACAUAUAAAUGCCUGGGUAGAAGAAAAAACUGAAGGUAAAAUCCAGAAUCUGCUGGCUCAGGGUGUUGUUGAUUCCAUGACCCGACUAAUCUUGGUGAACGCCAUGUACUUCAAAGGCAAUUGGGCAACUCCAUUCGACAAAUAUGGGACAGUGGAAAUGGAAUUUAAAAUUAACAAGGACGAAAGCAAACCAGUGCAAAUGAUGUUCAAGAGAGAUGAAUUUAAGAUGGGAUACAUAGCAGACUUUCAGACCAAAGUCCUUGAGCUCCCUUAUGUUGAUAAUGAGACUAGUAUGAUUAUCCUGCUUCCUGAUGAAAUCCAAGAUAAUUCCACUGGCCUGGAACAGCUGGAAAGUGAACUUACCGAUGAGAAACUUGCAAAGUGGAUAAAUCCAGACAUGAUGGACCUUACUACAGUGGAGGUGUCUUUACCCAGAUUUAAAUUGGAGCAAACUUACAAUUUGAAGUCUGUUCUGAGAAGCAUGGGAAUGACUGAUAUUUUUGAUGAAACAAAGGUGGAUUUAUCUGGAAUGUCGGCCAAGAAUGACCUUGUUCUGUCUGAGGCUGUUCACAAGUCAUUUGUGGAGGUGAAUGAAGAAGGCACCGAGGCAGCAGCUGCUACUGGAGUAGCGUUCAUGUUCUGUUGUUUAUGGACUGGACCACGGUUCACUGCUGACCAUCCUUUCAUCUUCUUUCUCCGGCACACCACCACUGGCAACAUCCUGUUCUAUGGCAGAUUUUGUUCCCCCUAAAAAGAAAAAUUGCAACAUAUAUGUUUUAUGGUACAUAGAGCAACCCUAAACACCCUUCUCUCUUGUGCCUGAAAUAGCUUUUUGUUGUCCUCCAGUCAAAUCUAAGGAACAAUUCUAAAUAUCAAGAUAAUUUCAGAAUGUCUGUUCCAAAGGGUAACACUGAAAACGGCACUUGACACAGUUCACCUGUAAAACAUUGCUUGUUUCCUAUAUAUCUAAAUAAAGGAUUCUUUAGCUUGA